UCACUAAGUAUGCAUAUACUGUAUAAGUAUAGAUAUGUGUAUACUUACAAAUUACUAGAUACAAGUAUACAGAUAAACUACUAUUCAAAAGUUUGGGAUCACUAUGAACUUUGUAUGUUUUUGUAAGUAAAUUAUACUUUUAUUAAUCAAAGAUGCUUUAAAUUUAACAAGAAAUGCAGUAAAGAAAUUUUUGUUAAAAAUGACUAAUUUAAUUAAAAUAAAUGCUGUGUUCAAGAAUCCUACACUUGCAGCAUUGACACCUCAGGCAUUCCUAGCAGUCAGUUUAUUCUAGAUCUUCAAGUGAACACCUUAUCGUCAAACGUUUAACAACAGCUCAACAUCUCAAACUUUGUACAGAAUAGAGACAUUUGAAUGGAUUAAUCAUUUAUCAGUUCAUUAUUUAAAUUGCAUGUUCUAUCUUUUUUCCUAUUAGCCAGUGUCAGGCACUUUUUUUCUUUUAAGUCUACCUAAAAUUCUUCUCUUCUAAAUGUUGCAGAAUAAAACUGGUAUUUGCAUGUACAGGUCUAGGAUUUGUGCGGAGUUAUCUAGAGAGUCUGAUGGACUUGUGUACUAGUUGUGCAUCUGGCUUGUCCAUUUCUCUGUUAAUUCAGAUUGUUUUAUUCUUUAAAGUAGUGGUGCAUGGAAUAGCCUUCAUCUUCAAAAAGAAAAAUAGACUGACUUUCUUGAUAAAUGUGUUUCUUUUUAGCCAGUUUUCAAACCAAUGUCCAGGGUAAGCAAAGUGGCUUGCAGUAAAUAAAAAAAAAGUGACAUACUACACUGUGAUGUUCAGGUUAAGUCAUGUGGUUUUAUUGUCGUUCUACCAUAUACAGUUAGUACCAGUCUCUGAGUAUUGAGGAGUCUGAUAGCUUGGGGAAGAAGCUGUUACACAGUCUGGCCGUGUGGGCCCGAAUGCUUCGGUACCUCUUGCCAGACGGCAGAAAGGUGAAUAGUUUAUGUGAGGGGAGUGUGGAUCAUCCACAAUGUUGGUUGCUUUUUCUGGAUGCAGCGUUUAGUGUAAAGGUCUUUGAUGGAGGGAAAACAGACCCCCGAUGAUCUUCUCAGCUGUCCUCACUAUCCUCUGCAGGGCUUUGCGGUCCAAAAUGGUGCAAGUCCCAAACCAGGCAGUGAUGCAGCUGGAUGCUCUCAAUAGUCCCUCUAUAGAAUGUUGUGAGGAUGGGGGGUGGGAGAUGUGCUUUCCUCAGACUUCGAAGAAAGUAGAGACACUGCUGGGCUUUCUUGGUAAUAGAGUUGGUGUUGUGGGACCAGAUGAGGUUCUCCGCCUGGUGAACACCAAGGAAUUUGGUGCUCUUGAUGAUCUCCACAGAGGAGCACUUUAUUAUAUAUAUAUAUAUAUACACACAUACAUAUAUACAAUUUACUGUCUUGAAGCAAAUCUCAUUUGAAUUCUUACCUAACCCUUAAAAGUAGAUUAUUUUAUUUAUGUAUCGCAAGGGGACUGUAUAUGCUGCUUUUCAUGUGACAAAGUAAUGUGAUGAAGCUGGAAAAUGUAUUUUUAAGUAAUAAAUAAAAAUAAUUUGAUGAUUUGAUGCAGAAUAACCAUCAGCCAAGUUAUGUCCAUAUUACAUAGUUUCUUACAAUAAUGGUAUUUAAGGGAAUCAGAAAUCAAGAUGAUUUAAGAUAGAUAUUUGUGCAGUGUAUCAGAUACAGGUCAGUGUAGGCUGCCCUUCCCCCACACACCUGAUCACUGCUGCCUAUCCAGAGCAAAACUUCACAUGCAAAAACUUCACAGCUCAAAAAAUUGAAAAAAGCAAGAAAAGUAGACAUGCUCAAAAAGGGAAAGAAAAUUAGACGUGCUCAAAAAAGAUAAAGUAGAUAUACUCAUAAGAAUAUUGAUAAUUUAAAUUAUUGUGUAAAUAAAGCAAUUAAAAAGAAAUGUUACUAGACAUAGCCACUUUUCUAACUUUGUAUUUAAUGGGAAAUGCCAUUGAUUUAUUAGAAUGAACAGAAUAUAAGAUUGCAAGUGAAGUGUAAGUUUGGAGACACCUCAAUUAACCCCCUCCCCCACUCUGCUUUCACUCAGAAGCACUUGAUUUGCCCGCGGAAAAGUCUUGAAGGGGGGGAUGGGCGCUCUCGCGCUGACCGUGAGAUGCAGUGACGUCACUACACAGUAACGCGAUGAGAUUAAUUAUGUUUUGAAAGACAUUUGAUAUGUGGCGUUUUUUCAACUAAACGAAAGGUAGAAUGUCAGUUUUCAUGAGAACAUGAGAUUAUGCAUUUUUAGCAUUUAAAUGUAUUGUGUUUGCACUAUAAAAAUACAUAGUUGGCAAAAUCUGUAUCAGAAUAAGAAAAAAAAGACGUUAUCAGAAUAUUUGUCUAAACAUUUAAUUUCAGAAAAGCUUCCUACAAGACUAAACAUACUAUUUAUAUCGUAUAUGGCAGAAAUCGUUAGUAUGAAUGUGUGUCAUUGCGAGUUUAACACGUGACAAACCUCGUUUUCCCGGGAAUUCAGACACGUGACAAUGACGUCUAAUGGAGCGAAGACAGUUUUUCCCGCGAACGACAACACUGAACACGCUCAUUAAGGAAGAAAAGCAUGCUGGCUAUCCGUAAAAGACGUAGAAGACCUCAGCAGGAUGCUGAAGAUAACAUCAUAUUUGAAACUGAAAAGCCUGGUCUUCAAGAGCAGUACAUCAGCAAAUAUAAAGGCCGUGGCGUUUUCACCACUGAAUCUUUCUGCAGAGGAGACUUUGUUCUUGAAUACAGAGGUGAACUUCUGAGUUCAAAGGAGAGUCUUGAACGAACUAAAAACUACACUGAAACUGAGAGCACAUUCUUGUUUGAUUUUCAGUGGCAUGGAAAAUAUUGGUGUAUGGAUGCAUCCAAGGAAGACAAGUCCCUGGGAAGACUUGUCAACGAUGAGCACAAAAAUCCAACUUGCAAAAUGAGAACUGUUGAAGUGAAGAAAAAGCCUCAUCUUUGUCUAUUUGCUGUACGAGACAUUUUACCAGGUGAAGAAAUCACUUACAACUAUGGCGACUCGGACUGGCCGUGGAGAGCCAAGUCUUUAAAUGAACCGUCAACAGAAUCCAGUGAUGUAAAAUCAGUCAGCAGUUUGGGCCCACAGAAAUCGCAGCGGUUUCAAUCAAGAAUGUCAAAGUUGCGACAACAUCAUGAAGAUUGUUAUAAUCGCUUUAAAAGAGCAGAGACUGAGAGGAAUGAGAGUGAAAAGAAACAUCUCAAGCUAUUGCAUGAUCAGGUCACUAAACAGCUGUCACAAAAGAUUGCUCGCCUUUCAUUUAGUCCAUAUGAUAUUACUUCUGAUUAUGUUUUCCAGCUGUCCCCGUCACCCACUGAAGUAUGCACAUCUGAUACACCAUCACAUUCACCACUUAAUGUGCCGCAAUCCUCAUCACCUUUGCCCUGUGCUGCAUCCACCGCAGGGAAUGGCUUAUCACAGGAACCUGAGCCUGUCUCAUUAAGGGAGUACUCAUGGAAAGCCCUCAGUGAUUCAGAUGUUACAGACUACAGCGAUGUUGACUAUGUACCCAAGAGCAGCUCAGACGAAUCAGAUGAUAGUGCUUCUGGAUAUAGCAUGGUUGAAAGUAGCUUAGAUGAAGCUAAUGAAAAGACUUCUGGAAAAGGUAUGGUCAAAAGUUCUCUGAAAAAUCCAACUUCACCUUUUUCACAAAGCUAUAAAGAUACAAGCAGUUCAUCAGACACAGGCGUGACAACACCAUCACCAAAUGCUAAAGUGCAAUGCAAAACCAAAGAGACAGACCCCUCUUCUGAAGAUAGGUCUUUUAUUCAAUCAAUGCCAUCACCUGUGCAGGAUCGCAAGUCAUAUAGAAGAAGCAGUAUUGUCUUUAUUGCUCUAAGCCUUUUUCAAAAAUGGCAAGACACCUUGAAUCUGUCCAUCGCAAUGAAGUGGGCGUUGCAAAGGCAGUUGCGUUUCCAAAACAUUCUAAAGAGAGGCGAAUCCAGUUAA